AUGGGUCGCAACGAGACAGCAAAGGAUUAUCCAAAGGAGCGGUGUGUAGAGUUGGUGCGGGCAGCCGUUGGUAUCGACACGCUUGUCGUCGACGAGAUUAAAGGCGCCAUGCCGUGGUGGUCGACGGUCCGCCUGGCAACAAGAUACGGCACACCUGAUCGACACGUGUUUUUGGCAGGUGACGCUGCCCAUGUCUUUCCUCCAUGGGGAGGGUUUGGAGCCAACGCCGGUAUCGCCGACGCACACAACCUUGUCUGGAAGUUGGUGCAUGUCAUCAAUGGAUGGAGCGGCGAGGAACUACUAGACACUUAUGAGACGGAGCGACGACCAAUUGCACAACGUGCAGCGUCCAUCUCUGCCGCCAUGAAUGACGAGCGUGGAUUAAUGCGACUCAACACCAUCUCAAUCAUCCCAUCCUUCCUCCAACUCAUUCCCUACAUGACAGUUGGAUACGGAUACAAUUCAAGUAUUAUCAUUGGAGAUGAUGACGGGUCAUCAUUACCUACCCCCAAAUCAUAUGAUCUAUGUGGUCGACCUGGUACUCGUAUCCCACACAAAUGGAUCGAUGAAAUAGAUGAAGAAAAAGUAAAAGAAUAUGAAGAGGAUGGAGAAGAGUUAAUUGAACCAAAAUCAACAUUGGAUUGGGUCGACCCAUGCACAUACACAUUAAUAACAUUUGGAGAGGAUAAAAAGGGGAAUAGUUGGGACCAAGUUUUCAAAAAAGCAUUAAAAGAAGAAAAUCCUUCCCAUUUUAAACGACCAAUCAAUCAUAUCAACUACACCAAAGAGACACAAUACUUGUUAAUUGGUUUAGAUUGGAAAAAAGAUUUUGGUUUGGAUUAUGGCAAUGCAUUACUUGUCAGACCUGAUGGUUUCAUUGCAUGGAGAUCAUCUUCAAAAGAUCCAAUCACCACUGAAUUUGCAUCAUCCUUGUUAUCCAUUUUACAUUAUAAAUAA